AUGAAAAUUAUUAGUUCUAAGUGUUGUUUUUGUUUACCCAUUCGAACAGGAUUAUUAAUAAUAUGCUAUUUAAAAAUCGCAAUAUGUACUAUCAUCUCCUUAUUCAUGCUGAGUAACAGGCUAGAGUCAUUGGGUAACCUAGAUGAUAAUAUAUACAAGUAUAUUGUAUUAGGAAUAAUAGCGGUUCUGGAAUUCAUUUUCAGCAUUGUACUUAUUAUUGGAAUCCACAAGAAACACAUCACAAUUGUUCGUGUUACAUACGUCUACAAUGUCCUGAUGAUGGGUAUCCAGAUUCUUAUUGCUAUAAUCUACGUGCCUCUUCAGACUUAUGAGCUCUUUGUAACAGGAAGAGGAGAUAAUCCUCUACUUAUGUUAAUGGCUGCUAUUCUGCUUGUAGUAGUGUUGCAACUCUACGUGGCAUCGCUGGUGCGUCGUCACCUCGGCCACUUGCGGCAGCAGUGUGUAUCCGACCCAAACAGUUCAACGUAUUCGCCUCGAAAGCCUUAUGUCGUAUACUAA